AUGCAGCCAGGCGCGAUCAGUCGCUGCCGGAGCGGGAUGGCGGCGGAGCCGCGGCGGCGCCUGGUGCACCUGGACCUGAAGGGCGCGCCGCCCCGCGCCCCGUUCCUGUCCGAGGUGCUGCCGCUGCUGGGAGCGCUGGGCGGCACCGGGCUGCUGCUGGAGUACGAGGAUGCCUUCCCCUACGCGGGGGCGCUGCGGGCGCUGCGGGCGCGGCACGCUUACCGCCCUGCUGAGCUGCGUGCCCUGCUGAGCCAGGCCAGGACACAGGGCCUGGAGGUGGUGCCGCUGGUGCAGACCUUUGGGCACAUGGAGUUUGUGCUGAAGCACAAGGAGUUCGCUCAUCUCCGGGAGGUGAAGGAGUUCCCCAACGCUCUCAACCCACACAAGGAGGAGUCACGGGCACUGGUCAAAGCCAUGAUUGACCAGGUCAUGGCAUUGCAUGAAGACUUGAAGUGGUUUCACAUCGGAUGUGAUGAGGUCUACUACCUUGGCGAAGGAGAGGAGUCAAAGCAGUGGCUGCAGCAGCAAGGCAACACUCCAGAGAAGCUGUGCUUAUCCCACAUAAAAGCAGUUGCAAGCUGUCUGGUCUCGUCUUAUCCCACCGUGAUGCCCAUUGUGUGGGACGAUAUGCUCAGAGGGAUGAGUGAGGAAACGCUGGCAGAGUCUGGGGUCCCGCAGCUUGUGCAGCCGAUGAUCUGGGACUACGCAGCAGACCUCAAUGUGGAGGACAAAGUGCAUCUCAUAGAGAAGUAUCGUAGAUGCGGCUUCUCCAAGGUGUGGUUUGCUAGUGCUUUUAAAGGAGCUACAGGAGUGAAUCAGUCUCUGACGCUUAUUGGACACCACUUGAAAAACCAUCUUCAGUGGCUGGAAGUGGCAAGGAACAGCCCUGCUGACGUCCUUGAAGGUAUCGCACUGACCGGCUGGCAGAGGUAUGAUCACUUCUCUGUGUUGUGUGAGCUUCUCCCUGUGGCGAUGCCCUCCCUGGCUGUGUGUCUGCAGGCACUAAAGAACGGUGGCUAUUCUGAAAAGGUUAAAGAAAACGUGGAAAAGCUCCUGGGAAUGUCCAACCUGGAAACAGAAACUUUCAUGAGCACGAGUCUGGGGACCUUUCCUGGGAGCAACAUCCUUGCACUUGUGACGCACGUUAGUUUCUACCUCAAGUCAUCGGUGGAUGAGCUGCUGGAAAGGAACAGAUACGUCACUGGCUGGUUCAGCCCCUACCACAGGAAAAGGAAGAUUAUUCAUCCUAUAAUAAUGCAUCACUUUCAGCCGGAUGCAGUAAGCCUUCUCUCCAAGUGGAAUGCCGUGGUGCAAGACCUGCAAGCAGCCAUGGAGCAAGUUUUCCAUGAAUGUACAGUAGAGGAGUGGAUGGAGGAGAACGUCCACCCCAGUCUACAGAAGCUGCAGCAAGUAGUGGAUGAUUUAGAUGAAGCAAUAAAAGCACAAAAUUAGGGGCAUUUCAAUUAGUCUGUCUUAUUCUAUGGGACAACAUGGUUAGUGGAAAUCUGCAACUGGUCACACAGCGAGAGCUUGUCACCUUAGAGCUGGAGCAAGAGCUGUGAUUAAACAAGUGACCUGAAGGCAUAAGGAAAUUGUUUAGUGUGAUAGUCUUCAACUCUAAUAAUUUUCCUGUCUUAACACAUUGCUGAGCUUUAAAUCACCUGCCCUGUAAAGUCAGGUUUGCUCCCAUUAAGUAACGGAACGCAGGAGUAAGUCGGACCUUGGCUGUAUCACAAGGCAGGAGAAAACCCCAGUUUCUUCCACAUUCAGUAUUUGUAGUAACAGGUUUUUGUGCACAAGUGACCUGGGAAAGUUCCACAGGUCCUGCUCUAAUCGGCAGCAAACAUGUCCUUCCUUUGCAAUUGCCAUAAAAAGAAGGCUUCAGAGUAGUUUAAACCUGCCUUAAGUGCUCAUUGUCUGUGCUGGGACAGCCACCUGCAAGCAGGGUUGCGUCCUGCCCUUCCCUCCCAAGUCCUUUCCCAGCCCAGAGCAGCUGCUUUGUUCCAGAUUUUGGUUUAGUCUUUGAAAUACAUAAACAUGCGGAUCUUAACUCCACCUUUGAUUGAGAGCAGGAAAUGAACCCCCAGCUGUUUGCAGCAGCCCAAGCGAGGCGCUGCCGUUGACACUCACUAGGCCCCAGCAGGCACGUGAAAGCAGAGGCACCUCCUGUUCUCAAGCCACAGGGACAGGGCUGCUGCCAGGCAUUAAGGCUGAGUGUUUGGGCUUCCUCCGCUCUGUGUGCCCCACCAGUCACUCCAUCGGCAGGUCUGGGCCAAGUGGUAACAGAGAUUGCCAUCAGUAUUUUAAUAUAUUUUAAUUUUUAAAAAAAGUGACACAAAACAAGUUUUCCAAGUUGAUUUUAUCUUUUUUUCUCUUAAAAAAAAAACAGUAUAGAAGCCCUUGCAGAAAUUCUACUUGCAAUUUUAAAGUAGAAAAGUAAUUUGUAAAUAUUUUCCAUAAGUGUUUCUGCCUCUCAGCAAUCUACCGCAGCGUCACAACAAGUGCUUUUUGCUAUAUAAGCCAGGGUAGCUUUUGGUAUCUGUAACUGUUCACAAAUCCAGCACCAAGAGUCAGAUCUCAGCCAUGUGGUAUAAAUGUUUGGAUUUUCUUUGAGACUUGCACAAUUGAUCCGUUACUGGCAUACCUCGUUUUGUGAGCUAUUGGAAUAUUAGAUUAUAGCUUAGGUGACAUGAACUCUCCCUCCAUACAACGUGGUCUUGCUUUUGUUCAGGAUGACAGCCGAGGCUGUGAUCCCACCCAGCCAACUCCACGUGUGCCACUCGAGUUGCGGCUGAAGCACCUGCCGGGUGGCACAGCGGCUGCGGUUCUGUUGCAGGAUGCAAUAGAAAGUGUUGGCUUUAUGCAGCAGGGGCUGCAUCCAACUUCAGGUUUUCAAAUCACUUGUAAAUCAAGCUGCUGCCAUCCAGUCUCAAGUUCUGGACAGCCCAAGAGGCAAAACUUCAACAAAUCCCACUCAAGUAAUACUCUUCCAGGAGUAACCAAUUGCCUAAGCAAAAUCAGUCUCUCACAUCAUUCCUUUUUAGUACAACUUUUUAGUUCCUGUACAUCAGGCAGACACGAGGUUACGCUUUACUGCACCUUUUAUACACAAGGCCCAAGAGAAAUGAGGAUAACUACACAAAAAAAGCCCUCAGCAAAAUGGUGCAAAGCAGCAAGAGAUGAGGAUCAGGGAGAAGACUAAUGGGAAGAGGGAAGACCAGACCCUGUCCUGAGUGAGGACCUGCUGCUCUGCUCAGUUCCUUCCAGCGCCAUCACAUUGCACAGACAUUGCCAUCAGCAAAUCCGUGUUAACAGCAAUCUGCCAGUUAACUUCCCGUGCACAGUUACUGCAAAACCUGAAAAUGUGGAUAUGUUUUCCCAGUACAAAAGACAGUCAGUUUCGGAAGACAGGAAGCUCAAAACCUGGAGCAAGAGAAACUCACAUCAGCCUGCACCACGCACUAAGGUAUGGCCCUCGAGGGCCACACUGCAACACCCGUGCCAUAGGUCAGUACAAUAAGCUCCCGGCUGGGUGUGACACGCAGCCUGCAGGCAGAACCCAUGGGUCCUGGAGGACUCACUCAGUCUGUUCCUGUCAGCUCUGCCUACAGAGCUCAGGUCCCCAUUUGAAAUUGUUGUGCAGCAACAGAGCUGUGAAAUGCAAACUGGACACAGUACCAGAGAGGACUGCACCAACUGAAAGAGUCCAAAUACUACACAUUGUGGCACAAGGCGGCAGUUCUCCCUCUCCCCCCUGCCAUCACCAGGAUGCCAAGGUGUAAGGGGGGGGUCUACGCAAUGUCUUGAAAGAUGAGACAUCAACUCAAAAUGCAACUUACUCUACAAAAUGUAUUUCAAGCUAUGUCAUGCUUUGCUACAGGUUAUUCCCCUUCCUAGGGAUUGAUUUUCCUUAUGCAGUUUCAGUCUCUGUGUAACAAUACUGCAUCAUCUGUGGGUACCUACAUCACUAACCUCAGGAAUGUACAGUGAGACAGAGGCACCAAAGAGCUCGGCAGCAGCAGGGCACGCAACGCAGUGCAGGGUCAGAUCAACAGACGUACCUUUCUACAGCUGAUUUUUAACUGGAAAACCACAGCAUGGUUUGUAUCUUCCAGGGAAUGUUAGCUCUCAUGGAAAGACAAGGGAAACCCGGUAUAGCCAAGACUGAAUGCAGGCAUCUUUGCCUGGUUCAUCCACAGUCUAACCUGUGGGCUCAGAGUAUCAAACGGAACGCAUAUCCACGCCACACACGCCCUCUGGAUGUCCUCGCCACAGAGCGGCCAUUACCUGCAAGCUGAGCUUCUGUGCUUACAUCAUUAAACACUCCAGGUUUUUUUCAGCAUUCCUUACUGGAAGUCCUGAGAACACCUGAUAUUCUCAUUUUACACAGGGAGGAAGGGGAAGAGUUUUCCCAGUUCCCAAUCUCAUCCUCCAAUCUCCAAAAUAAGCAUCACCAAGGGUACAGAUCAGAGUGGAUUUAAAUGAUACUCUUUUCAAAGUGCUCCAUCUGCACUAUUUUUUAACCAGGUUUGGUGAUGAUUCUUAGUUUACAGCUCUGCUUCAGAAUAAAGGCCAAAUUGCCUGCAACCUAACUUUUCACCUUCAUACGUAGCAGCUUAAUAGUUCCAGUGCUGUGGAGCAGCAACCGAAAACGGCAUGACUAGCCCACCAAACCAGAGAGCUGCACAAGGAUGUCUGUUGGCAGAGGUCCGCUUUGAUACCUGAGGUGAUUACAAGUUUCUUGUCUUGUUUAACAGUAACAGAGCCGCUUCUGUGCUGCAGCCGCACUGCCUCAACAGCUCUCUCGCUGUCAGGGUUUCAUCGCCCUUUCAAACCGACAGUCAGAGCAUCCUUCUUGCAGUUCACACACUCAGCCUGAACGGCUGGAAGUGAAAUCUUGGUACAGCCUGUUCUUUGGUCAUGCGGUCGUGCGCUUGGUUUCAGAUACAGCCAAAACACACAACAGGACACGGCUUCUGCUGAAAGCUUGUCCAAGCUUUCUCUUCUGCGGAGGUGGAGCACUUUGAAAGAAGAAUGCCGGUUCUUUUAAGUCCUGAAGACACCACGGCAGAAGAUGACUGCUGCUGGCAAACAUGAAAGCAGACCACACAGUUACCUUGUGCCCCAUUUGGAUCUGCUAGAAAUAACUGUGUAAAUAUUUCCUGGUUCAGGCCUUACCGCCAUACAAUUCCUAACAAAGCCAUGAACAAGCAGUUUUAGCAUGUUGAUGGAACUUCCAGCUCUUCACAGCUCUUUUUCUUGUACUGAAGUGUCAGUAUAGGCAUGGUGAAGUUUUAGUUCUAGACAACGUGCUAACAGAGGUAGCUUUUACUUCAAAAAUAUUGUGGAAAAUUCAUAUUUUAACUAUUCGUGAAACCAUUGGUUGGAAUAGAGAACACUAUACACACAUAUACACACAGAGUAAAACACA